AUGAGGGCUCUAGCGAAACAAGCGGCCUAUGAUAUUUUCAACACCAAGAGCCAGAUUGAUGCUCAAGAUUUGGACGCGCUUAAUCUCUUCAUUGAGUAUUCGAGAAUGAAUGAUAAAGUGAUCGGACAAUCUGUGGUGCAAGUGCACAAAAUGGAUCAAGCAGAGGAGAAGAUUGGGGAAAUCAAAGCAUUGCUUGAAGCUAACUACAAUGUUGAAAAAGCAAAGAACAAGGAGAUUGAUGGAUUUUUGUUGUUGCUUGAAGAGUCGCUCCUCAAAAGUGGCUGGAAGUUUAUUUUGAUAAAG